AUGAUCAAGAAGAACCCUGACCACCUGUAUAACCUGUGUAAGAAGUCCGAUGAAUCCCUUCGAGAUUACAUCAAGAGAUUCAAAGCAGAAAAGGCCAACAUUGUAGAAUGUGAUGACCGGAUCGCCCAAACUCUGGCAGAGGUCUACGCGAUUGCGGAACGUUACGCGCUAUGGGAUGACGAUCAAAUCACAGCAAAAAAGUUUACAAAGCAUGAAGAUCAAUUGACUAAACGGGCAGGCCAAAAAAGCGACGGAUUUAGCAAUAAGAAUAAGGACAAGCGUAGGUCACGCCCACAAGGGGACGCUAAGGUAGGAGAAAACUACACCAAACCGCCACCCUUGAAAGGAGAUUCGGACAAAAGGGAUACUAGCAAAUAUUGUGCCUUCCAUGGGACGCAUGGACACACUACGAACAACUGCUUCGCUUGGAAAGCACACCUUGAAGAACUCGUGAAAGAAGGUCACCGCACGGAAUUCAUUGCAAAGCAGGCCAUCCAGCGGAUUGAAGAUCGCGACACUGCCAAGGAGCCGCCCCAAAAGGUCAUAAGGAUUAACACAAUCCUAGCCGACUCCGAGGAAACUGGGCUGACCAGCAAGGAAAAGAAGAGGAAGAUCAGACAUGCCACUUUGAUCUCCCAAGUCUUGGCUGAUCUUCUACUAGCAGAAGACGAUCCUGUAAUCGGCUUCCAAAAGAAAGAUUUGAUCAGCCUCGACAUGCCACAUAACGAUGCCCUUGUCAUCAGCAUUCAAAUUGCUCAGGCCAUGGUCUACCGAAUCCAUGCAGACGAGGGUAGUGCAGCCAACAUCAUACAAUCGGCGGUCAUCCAACAGAUGAGCUUAGAGACAAAGAUCAAUAAAUCAGCCAAGUCGCUGACUGGCUUCAAUGGCGCAACAAUGGUUACCGUGGGCACAAUAGAUCUUGACGUCUACUCCCCACCAGUAGUCAACUCGCAAACGUUCAUGGUCAUUGAUGAAACCUCACCUUACAAUGGCAUUCUGGGCAUACCAUGGAUCAUCAAGAUCAACGCCAUCACCUCCGCCACACAUCAGAAGAUUCGCUACCCAAUCCCUGGGGGCGGUAUGGGUCAAAUCAACAGCGAUCAGGCAAUAGCUAGGAAAUGCUCAUCUCAAGGGCUGAAGAAAGGUAAGCAAACAUAA